AUGAAAAGAUAUUCAGAAAUAUUAGCAAGUCUAUCCGAGUUGGCUGAAUCAUCAUUGAGUGACAGUGAAACAGUUACUAUUGCACUUGUACUUCGUAAAAGAAUGAAAAUCAUCCGUGUGAUAAUUAGCAUGAAAAUUUUAAAAUUGGUUUAUAAUAUUACUGGUCCUGUAUCCAAAGCAGUGCAGGGUAUAUCAAUUGACAUGGCGUCUACAAUAGAACUGAUAAAAAACUGCAUUCAUCAGUUUGACAUCAUAAAAAGAAAUGCUGAUUUGACGUGGAAAACAAUAUGCAGUGAAUCGAAAUCAUUUGCAACAGCACAUGGCAUCAGCCCAGAUUUUGAUUUUGAAAGACAUCGUUCAGGUUAUGACUCUGGCAUGGAAAUAUUUUCUGAUAAAUCAGAUGAAGAAGAUGGCAAUAACAAUAUGGCAUAUAAAGAAGCCCAAACGAAUGAUACUAAUAAUUGGAAAAAUUGCAGUUUCAUAAAACCACUUAAUGUUCUUCAUCAACUAUCUGGUUACCGCAAUUUGCUGAUGCUAUACAGAAUAUUUGCUUCUCUUGCUUUAUCAAGUACCUCUGCAGAAAGAGCUAUAAGUAAGCUGAAAAUUAUAAAGAACCGCCUAAGGUCUACCAUGGCAGAUGAUUAUUUAUCAGCAUUAAUGAUAAUAGCAGCAGAGAAAGAUAUUCUUCAAACAUUCACUGAUGAUCAAAUAAUAAUGCAAAAUGCAUUGUCAAGCCUGUCUUUAAAGUCUCAACUGUUGUAUAAUUAA